GAAAAAUACCUGAAUAGCAUAUGGUUAUUUUGAAAUGCAGCAUGAAAAAUGGAGCUGAAGAGAUGAAAAAUGGAAUCAUAACAUAAUUUGGUAAUCAUUUGCCUACUGGCUUGCGAUUUGUUAUAUGGCUUUCCUUUUGCACUAUCCUGUUUCCUUGGCGUCUCAAAUACCUAGAAGCCCUCAGUCGAUCUUGAAGCCCUGAUAAUCACACAGUCGAAGUUGCUUUGAUUUUAAAGAAUAGUUCUUGAAACAACCAGAGCCAUGGUGCUCUUAUGGGUGUUCUUCGUCCUGUUCCAAUAUUCAGAAGGAACGAACCAGAAUGGAUUUGAAAUAUCGGAUGCUGAAAUCAUUCGCGAUGAUCGACUUCCCGAACAUGAAAUCUUUGGGGAACCUGUAGCCCGACCUGAUUACGCUCCGAUGUACGAUUAUCGCUUUUUUUCUUCGGAGGAAUUUAAUUACCAGGAUUUCUUGUUGGGACCUUUACUCAAGGUGUCGCAAAAGUCAGCCGAUGUGGCUUAUAAUCAAGAAAUUCCUUGUCGAAAAGCCAGCAGACCUUUACCGAGCGGGGCCUUGAUUUGUUUUGCCGAAGAACCGAUUCAUGCUGGUUUGAUCGAAAAGUUCGCAGACCGCGGGGACUCAUUUUGCCAAUCUCAUGGCUACGAUUAUAUGGUGGAUUCUAUCAACAGCGCUGAUUUCGUGUCUUUAGCCCAACUUCACAAAGAAAUACUGACUGCGGAUCCUCAAUUUCCACCGGAAGUCACAAUCAACGCGAUACGCUCGUCCAGUACUGAAAUGCGAUGGUGUGAGGGGAAUUGUGAAGUCAUGGAUUUCACUGUGUCCAGUAAUCUCGUUUCCACUGGAUCAACCCCGACAAAUUUCGCGGAGGUUUUUGACCCUCAGAGCAAUCAGUUUAACCUGGCGGUUAUUUCCAACGGAGGACCAAAUCCCAUGGUUCAACUGGCGAAGAAUAUUACUCCAGCCUGCAUCACUAAACCUCGUGACCAAAGUGACCCGUUGAUGAAGGUGUAUCCUUUGGUGUUCGAAUAUCAUGCCAAUGAUUCUGUGGUUCCACUGAAUCCGAACACAGCUUUGCCGGAUGCCUCGAUGACCUUGAGAAAUUAUGCAUUGAUUGGCAGCAAAUAUGCUCCCCAAUUUGCUCCUAAAACCCAACAUGAAGUGACUCUGCAAAGACUUAAAAACUUCAAGAGGACCCAACUCUCAUUUUUCCAUUUGUGUGGAACCAAAAAUGCCAACGCGAGUCUGGAGGGCUAUUGCAAACUCGAUGUGUCGCUGAAAGGACCCAACUUUGAUGACGUAUUCAAGCCGGUAGCAAAUUUCUCUGACUCCGAGCUCAAGAACGAUGGCACCCUGAUGACAAGUUCACCAUGGCAACGGAAAAGGGUUCAAAUUCCUCGACUGCAUCUACAAGAUUACAAAAUGAGAAUCAGAGGGGAGUUCGAUUGGAAAAACGGCGGAAUUGGUCUGGACAGCAUCCGAUUGAGCACAAUGCAACGCUGCCAUCCUAGAUGGUUUCGAGUUCACGAGACACAAUUUAUCACCUCGACCAGCUUUCUUUUCCAAGACGGAUUGGACAACUAUGAAUUGGGUGGAGUUAGCGAGACCUUGUUAAGAACCAAACACCAACGAGAGACAGUUUUGAGCAACCAAACCACAUUGGAAGAGUGCUCAAGGCUUUGUUGGUUAGGGAGUGGUUGCGACAUCUUUGAAUACGACUCUGCAUUGAAGAGCUGUCGAUUCCAUCCUCAUACCACAUUGAAACAGGAGCUUUGGUCCAAAUUCGCUCAAUACACAAGUCAACCUACCACGGCUUUGUAUGUCUUGGAGUGCUCCGAGUCCCAAGAAAACAUAUUGAUCGAAAGCGAUCCGGAAUAUCAUCGGAGCGAUCUUUGGAACGUGGACAUUGAGUGUGGCGAGCUUUUUCUUGCCCAAUCCCAAUGGAAUGAUAAAGCUGCCGUGUUUGGAGGGAAACAGAGAGUGGUUGGGAUGGAUUGCGGAGCCAACCAGAAGUUGGAAAUCAAGGGAAAUCUCAAGACGGUGAGCAAACUGCCAAUGACGAUCAACCAAGCUUACCUGGAUGCAGCUAAGCCCGGCGCCAUGGCCACAGUUUACUUCCGAAGCUCCGAGGCCUCUGAAGUGGACAUAUCGGUGGGCACGGGUGCUAAAACCGUGACUCUAGCCAAAAACGAGUCCAUGGGUGUCACUCUUUACACGGCUAAUUUCGACACCCAUUACUCUGCCGAUGACGAAAUUCUGGUCAAGGCCACGGCAGGGGGAGCGGGAUCAAAGAUUUACAUGACUCGCAUUGACAUGGCUCUGGAUUUGCCCAUCAGAAUAGGAUGCUUUGGAGAUCCGGCGAAUGUUUUGGAUGUCUCGGGAUCAAUUACUGAUCCCGGGCAAAGUCCAGCCUUGUGCUUGACUACUUGCCUACAGGCAGGAAAGCGAUUCGCUUUUGUCAAAGGUGGUGAUCAAUGUCUUUGCUUCGAUGAAAUCAGUCAAAGUUUGACCCCUGAACCUCAACAAUCAUGCAACCUUCCUUGCUCUGGCGAUGGCGAGGAUUUUUGCGGUGGGUCGAAUUCAAUGUCGGUCUUUGUAGCUACUUGCCCCACAUCAAUGGUCCGAUUUGGAGACUAUUGCUAUUUUCUGUCCGAUACCAAUGAUCACUCAAUCACCAAGAAUGAAAGACUUUGCACCGAAACCGACGAUUCGGCUCAUUUGUGGUAUCCGGAAUCUGAGGAAGAGCUGGCCUUCGUCAAAGAAAAGUUUCCCUCAACGAGUUAUCAUAUUGGCUAUCGACAGUCACAUCCAAAUUACGGCUUCCAGCACUCAGAUUAUUCGAUGGGAUUUGGGCUGCCCUUUUUCACUGCUGAUCGUUCCGGACUUCCAGCAUUUGAGGAGGAGGCAGAUCUUUUCCGAACCAAGUGUGUCAUUUGGGAAUCAGGAAACAACAAUAAGUUCACACUAAAGAGCCCUUGUGAAGAUUCAAAAGGGAUUUGUCGCCGGAAAUUAGCUCAGGGAUAUGGCUACAAGCUGAUUGGGUCAUAUUUGAAGUACCAAUCCAUGACGUCACUGAAGGUCAAAGAUGCCACACCAGUAACUGGACUGGGUCCUUUUCACUUUGAGUUGGAUACGGAUUACUACGUGAAGGAACGUUACAUCGAGAUGAUGCUCCCCGAACCCGUUGUGAUGAGCGGACUCAUGGUUGAAACCGACAACACCAGAUAUUUGCAGGAGUUCACCCUACAAUACCUUGAAAUGGCUUCUUUGUUCCCGGAACGAUUGCGAAAUGUGGAGAUAACGCACAAAUCACCCGUGAUUUUCCGAGUGAUUGAGGAUUCGCUGACGGAGGAGCCAGCUAUUAUUUCAAGGAAGAUUAUGCUUCCUUAUCCCAUCGAAACUAAGCAUUUUAGAAUGACAGUUCGCAAGGGCGGGCCUCAGAUUGCUGUUCGGUUGGACAUUAUCGGACAACUUGUCAGUGAACGAUACCAACUCAAUCCAUUCUUGGAUCAACGUCAACUUCAAUUUGACAUACCUAAUGUGGUCCUCAUCCAAAAAUCGUCUUAUGGGUUGACUAAAUUCAAUCUGAACCCUGGAGGAGCCAUCACAAUUCGAUUGGUAUUGCCCACUCAUCAGAAAACGCCUGAAAAUGAUGUUAACGUGGUGAUUGUGUCGCGGAUUUUCUUGGUGGACUCUAAGGGAAAAGCCACAAAGUUCACUUUACGAAUUCCAAAAGCGGAUAUGAGACUCAACAUUCUCAUUGAAAAUGAAAUUGGAUUAACCUUUUCCGAGGAGUUGCGAGGCCCCUUUCCAAAUAAUCCGACUUAUAAUUCACCGGUCGAAAUUCGUGUCGAAUUUCAAACCAAUGGCUUCAAACUCUUUGUCAACGGAAUGCAAAUAAAGCUCUUCAAAGAUAUGGUUGUGAACAAUGUGGUCCCUAAGCUGACAAGGAUAACUUGGGGCACCUCCGUUUUUGGAGCACAAAUAUCCCGAGUCACUAUUGAGACAGACAAUGAAUUGGGAUUAUCCUAUGAUUAUGGCCGAACUUUGUUCAACACUCAGCAAACCGAAGAGACCAAGGUGGAUUUAGCCCCUUACAAAGAUAAUGUGAUUCUCAAGGACGAGAGUACGCUCUUGCAAAUGUUUUAUCGAGCCUAUUCUUUCAAGCCCAAUGAAUACGAUUUUGGCUACAUUCCAUUCCAAUUCAUUCAGCAAUGCUACCACAGUUACAAUGGGAAUGCCAAAUGCUUUCCGGCCAAAGGUAUCUUCAACUACGAAAAAAAUGUGAACUACGGAUACGGAGGUGGAACUCUAGCCAGCGAAAUUCUUCGAUGUCCCUCUGGAUACGAGUACUUUGGGCAUGUUUGCGUCAACUUUCCGGUGCGGAACCCUGAAUCAUACACUGCGGCUUCAUCCAAGUGUGCUCCCAAGGGCGAUAUGGUUUACUACUCCCCAAACAAACUUCAAAAUACACUGUUCCGACAAGCCAUGAUGUUUCUGUACAAAAAUGAACCAAGUCAUACAAUCUGGGUUGGAGUGAGACAAAUCUCGGGAGAGUGGAUAGCCAGCAAUGGCAGGGUCGUCACUGAGCAAUUUUCUGAUUGGGCUCCCAAUGAGCCGAAUCUAGCUAAUGGAGAUUGUGCAGUGGCAGAUAAGCUCUUGGGAUACAAAUGGAGAACCACAAACUGCGCAGAGCCACAUGCCUCAAUGUGUGCCUUGAAGGUUCCAAACUGUCCACCGGGAUAUAUCUACGAAACCAAAUUGAGUGAUGCGCCACAGUACGGAAGUAGAUCUUGCUAUAAGAUCACCAAGUUGGGAAGCUUCAUUGACAGUGCUCGGGCUAAAAGAGUGAGUUCGGUAUCUGUUGCCGAUUCAAUUUGCCUUAGAGAUCAUACGCGCUUGUUUGCACCUCGAAACGCUUUCCAAGCUGAUAUGAUCCAUGAUUGGUUGUCAAAGCACACCAUUUGGGACAAAGACACCAAUGCCACUCAUAAGGUCUCAUUCUUCACGGGCGUUAGAAGCUUCUCAAAUACGACAAUAAUUGCCGCGAAUGACUUUGAACCGUCAAAGACUUUGAAUUCAUCAUCGUUGGGCUCAAACUGUUUUCGGAUCGAUUAUGAGUGGGGUUACAGCAUGAUAGAAACACCUUGUGACCAGGAAUCCGACCUUCCCAUUGACUACGACAACCGCGAAUUCUUUGGAAUUUGCCAAUACAAAGAAUGUAGAACCACCGUUAACUCAACAUGCUCAUUUCCAUUCAGAUUCAAUGGAAGACUUUAUGACACUUGUGUGAGUUUGGGCCCAGAUAGUACUCCUUGGUGUAGCACUGGUGUGGAUGAUAAUCUCAACCAUAUCCCGGGAUAUGAAAAGUUCUGUGAUUCCACGUGUCACGUCGACAAUUGUCCACUGGGUUUCUAUCGGAACUAUAUGGACCGAACUUGUUAUCAGGUCUCGUCCAAGUUCCCAAGAGAUGGAGCCCUUUCAUUUGACGAUGCUUUGAUGAAAUGUCAGACACAAGGAGCUAGACUUUGGGAGCCCAGAACCACUUCUGCUUUUUCCAAUAUCCUCAAAACUGAUAUGGCGAUACCUCAUUUUGCCUGGAUGGCCAACGCUGCCACAGCCACAGGAUUAAGAGCCAAAAUGGUUGGAGGGUCAGUGACGGUGGUCUACCAAGGGAGUGAUGUUCCCAUGUCAGAGGAUCUUAAGAGCGCCUUGAUUUGGGAAACUGGCUAUCCCGUUGCCUCGCCACCCUGCAUCGGCCUCGUUAAUGGGAAAUUGAAAAAUGUAGAUUGUGACGGAUACCAAAACGAUUUUGCUGAUACCAAACAUUUGGGGUACAUUUGCGAAGCGAGGCCAUCGGAAACGGUGCCAGAGAAGCGGACGUGUAUAUUUCCGUUUGUAUACCAAGGAAAGACCUAUUCCAGUUGCACUUUCUCUGCUAACCCAAACGUACCCGAUGAAACCCCUUGGUGUGCCACAAAAGUUGAUCCCAUCACCAAAGAAAUGACUAAUUCUGGGGUAUGUCAGGACGAGCGACUGAUCAUCUACGAUGGUGGUGCUCAAGGUUGGCCUUGCAGUUUUCCUUUCCUGUUCAAUGGAAGGUUCUACGAUUCUUGCACAAGAGACAUGAAAAAUGCCACCAGCAAUGAAACGUACAAGAUCGAUCGUUACUGGUGUCCACCUCAGCAUUUUGUUCAUCCAAAGUCCAAGCUUUGGUUGGGUGACGACUCCAAGCCCGAAACGUACGGUUUCUGUAACGAUCUUAUGCGACCCUUGGUCAAAGAGUGUCCCGAUGGUUAUGAGAUGGUUGAAAGGAUAUGCAUGCGGCUCUCUGCUGUGCCUCAAACUCACCAAGUUGCUCAAGAGGAUUGCAAGAAGGAUGGUGCCGAUUUGGCCUUCUUUCCUUCUCAACCCGUUCAAGCUGCUUUGGGACAACGAAUUGUGGAGAAGAAGGCCAAAUGGAACCACUUUGUGCCAAUCAAGGAGUUCUGGUUGGGUGCUUUUCCCAAACCCAAUGGCGACUGGGAUUGGAUCUCUUACCCUAAACCAAUGAGAUUAUAUGAGAACUGGAAAAGCAGCAAACUAGGUUAUGGUUGCCCAGAACAAAGCUGCACUUUGCCACAUCAUGGUUUAGUCAUGAAGGCUGACGGUUUAAAUGAUUGGUUGGCGGGUAACAAGACCGUCGAAAGGCCAUAUAUAUGUUCAGCCAAAUGUCCAAGUGGAUACACGUGGGUGGAGCGAAUCCAGAAAUGUAUCUUAAUAGUGGAAGCAUCAUCCUCCUCACCAAAAGCCAAGACUUUGCCAGAGGCAAUGGAACAUUGUAACCAACAACAUGGGCGUCUGAUUAUUACGAAUCAUUGCGACGAGUUGAAUAAUGUGAGACAAGUGCUCAUUGACUUGGAACACGGAUUAGGCGAGGAGUUCUUUAUUGGAACAUUUGCUUUCAAUCUACAAUCAGCAAACGAACGGAGGCGAUCCAAAGUGACUGAGGAACAAAUCAGCUCAUUUGGCUAUUCUGUGGACAUGCAAGCUGACUCUGGAAGUGGCCUUUGUGGUGCAAUGGAACCUAGUUUGUCUGCCCCAGACACCUCAGUCACUCACUAUUUUGGUUUGAAAUUGGAUGCAACCGAUUUGAUCACCCUUCACUACCCAUUUAUGGCCAAAUAUGUCCCGACGAUCAAAAAGGGAUACAUUUGUGAAUCUGAUGAUUUCUGGGGUUGUCCCGAGGGUUAUGAGAAGUUAAUGGAAACCUGUGUGAAGUUGGUUCGAACCAAAAAGAAACGAAUUGACGCGCACAAAGCUUGUGAGGCACUGGGCACUCAUUUGGCGCGACCACAAACAGCUAUGGAUAUCUUCGCACUUCAUUCAAAGAUUGUUGCGAUUGAAAGCAAGGGCACCGAAACUCCGAUGCAAGUUACAUCUCGUUAUCAUCUAGAUUUUAGUCGGAUUAUGGAUCCUAACCAUCCUGCUUUUGACCCAUCACAUUCUGACAUUGGUUGUGUUUGCCAAAACGACAUUGUAAUCCCUGGAACAACCAAAGGUUCCGAUGGAAAUUGUUACAUGAAAAACACUUAUUCCAAUACAUUUGAGCAGGCCAGGCAACGUUGCAUGAACUUGGGCAUGAAUUUGGCUCAAUAUGAGUCAGCUGAAGAAUACACCGCAAUUUGGAACAUUUUUGGUUCUAACGAGGAUCUCUGGAUUGGAGCUCAUAAUCCCAGCCUGUCCACAUGCGCUGAUGCCACCGCAUGUGAUUCUAAUUUCAAAUGGGUUCAAGAUGGCAGGAACGUGGAUUGUUCAGCUGCCAUUAAUACUCAGGGAUGCCAAUCUGUCAGCGGAGCCCAAUGUCUGACUCUCAAAAAGAAUGAAAGUGGGAAACUGAUGGACGAACCUUGCACGUCGGUUAGACAAUCUCUGUGCCAGAAACCUUGUCUAUCAGGACAUGAUGAUGCUCUCCCAAGGGAUUGUGUCAGUAUUCAGAUGGCCAUGCAAGGUGAUUAUCCGGCUUUGACUCGAGUUACUUGCGAUGAAGAGUCUUUCUUUGUUUGCGAACGGGAACAAAGUCUCAAGAGUGACCUCAGGGCAUUUUUGGCCAAACCGGUUGCUGCUGUGCCGCUCACAAGAGAUAUUGGACCUGCCGAUAUUGCUUCCAAUUUGGAUGUACAGGUUCACAAUGUUGGGUUUGAUUUCGAUCGAAAGCCCAAUUUAUUGUUGGGUUCGGCGCUUUUGGGUGGAGAUGCUUUCGAAAAUUCGGGUAUUGAUGUGAAUCUGAAGGACCUGAUUCCCGGAGAUCAGAUUACCGUUUCCAUGUGGCUUCGUACUCGAGAUGCCAGCUUUCCCACUGAUCCUCAAAUCCUUGUGGACUUCAGAGGCAAUGCAAGCUCUACGCCUCCCUUUAAUGAAUCUCAACUGGAGUUGUUGAAUGGAAUCCCACAAAUUACUUUAUAUUUUCCGAACGGAACCAAAACAACCAAAGUCUCCCAGUUCGGAUUGGAGCCGCAGAAAUGGCAUUUCCUCAGUUUCUCUUUUGAUUCCUCAAAUGGACAAGGCUAUCUAAUCCUGGAUGAUCUCGUGACCCAUUUCCAAGCGCCCGGACUUGUCAUAUUUGACACGACAGCCGACAUGGCUUUACUUUUUGGAUCAAGUCGCUCGGACCCAUCUGGCCUGGCCUUCAAAGGUUCUAUCAGUUGUCUUCAAGUCUACGACCAGGCUUUUACUCCUCCUCAAGUCCACUUCACAAAGAACUGUUCCUACGCGGCCGGCUCGUAUCAGAACCAAGAGCCUUUGUGUCCUUCUGGUUGGACCAGUUUCCACGAUCACUGCUAUUGGGUUUCCCUGACCAAAAUGACCUUCUCAGAGGCCUCGGUUUAUUGUGCCGGUGCGUCAGAGUUUACACAAACGGCUCACUUAAUUUGGAACUUAGACAAACUGCAUAUGGAUCACGCGUCUCGGCUUGUGAAUGAGAGCUUCGGUAUCCACAAGUUUUGGAUUGGGUUGGAUGACCGGCUUCAAGUUGGAUCUUGGGUAGCUCAUGAUGCGGCUAUGAGCACAAUUGAUGGAACCUACGAAUAUUGGGAAGAUCCCACACAGAUUAGCCAUCCCACCAGAAGAUGUGGCUUGAACUCGAGACGGAAUGGAGGGUUUAUCGUCUCCGAGGAUUGUGAACUCAUUUAUCCCUUUGUUUGCCAAAUGAAAACACUGAACCAUCCGUCAAGCAACAGAUGUCCCUCGGGCUAUUUACCAUACCAAAGCAAAUGCAUUAGUGGAAAUACAACGCGUUUGGACUACGACGAAGCCCAAGAAUCAUGUGCCAUCAAAGGCGGCAUCCUUUUUGCUCCCAAAAGCAAAGUAGCCUUGGAAACAGCCAAAGCCUUUGCCAAGGUCUACGUGAAGGGUGACAUUUGGGUCGGAGUGACAGCCGAACACGUGGACUGAACCGUUGACCGAACCCAAAACAUUCCUUUGGUGGAACAGAUUUCGCCUGAUCGAAAAUGGUCUGAUGGAACCACUUUCGAUUUAGCGGCUGAUUU